UGACUGACUACUGAACACAUGUUUGAAUGAAUGACUGAAUGAAUGGAUGUUUUGAUAAACACAUUGAAUUGAAUGACAAAUUGCUUUCAAUAUUACAUGACAUUCAGUGUUCACUCAUUUGUGGCCAACUUGUGAUCAGUGGUGAGAUUAGUGGCAAAUAUGAUGUAAUUGUGUGGACAAGGCUUCCAUCUCUUGAUGUCGCUAUCAUGCCUUAUAUGAGCCCUCAUUUGAUUGCAUUUAUGACUGCAGUGUCGGCGGAACUAUCGGUGCGAUCAUAACGUGUCCGUUGGAAGUGGUGAAGACACGACUGCAGUCAUCGGUGGCCUGUUUUAGUGGAUCCCAAACGACGCAAUACUUGACGCCCACUCUGACGGCCACCGCCACCAAGUCGUCGGUCCCUCUCUGGCGGUGUAUUCGUCACAUCAUAGACACCGAGGGUCCCAAAGCCCUCUUCAAAGGCUUGGGUCCCAACCUGAUCGGAGUGGCGCCCUCCAGAGCCAUUUAUUUUUGUACAUAUUCAACAGUUAAAAACUCAUGUAACCAAAGCUUUACAUCGGCCGACACACCACUGGUCCAUAUGGUGGCGGCCGGCAGCGCUGGCUUUGUCUCGUGUACGGCCACUAAUCCCAUUUGGUUUGUCAAGACUCGACUCCAAUUGGAUCAGAGCAAAUACGGGGCAAAGACUGCCUGGAAUUGCAUUAAAGACAUAUACAGACAAUCAGGAGUCAUCGGCUUUUAUAAAGGCAUUACUGCCUCUUAUUUCGGAAUUAGUGAAACGAUUAUACAUUUUGUUAUUUACGAAUUCAUUAAAACAAAGCUAACGGAAAUACAGGUGCGGCGCCCACACCAGUCCGAACGAACGACUGGAUUAUAUUUUGUACAAUAUAUGGCUGCCGGUGCCGUUUCUAAGUCAUUCGCAUCCAUACUGGCCUACCCUCACGAAGUGGCGCGGACUCGACUCCGAGAAGAAGGCAACAAAUAUCGGAGUUUUAUUCAAACUUUAUAUCUCGUAUGGCGUGAAGAGGGAGUCAAGAAUGAAGUGGCGCGGACUCGACUCCGAGAAGAAGGCAACAAAUAUCGGAGUUUUAUUCAAACUUUAUAUCUCGUAUGGCGUGAAGAGGGAGUCAAGAAUGGUUUAUAUCGAGGUCUGGCCACUCAACUGAUCCUGGUGCUGACCGUGCGAAUAGAGGAGGUGCUGCUUGCGGUCCCCGACGAGGUGGUGGAUGUCUCACUCGAAUCCGAUGGGAUUCGCGUCACUUUCCUUAAGGGGAUCCCAAAGAAGGCGAAUGUGGCCCAAGGGUUGCGAAUCCAACAGCUCGACAACUCUCCCAAAUCACCAUAA